AAUCGUUAAGGGGAGAUAUUUUAGGAAACGGGUCCACACUCCACACCAGUAGGUGGCGUUAAAGCACCAAUAUGGCGGCAAUUAAACUGAAAAAUAAAGACGAAGCAGAGCCUCCAGCAUGUGUUCAUGAGAGACACGCUGUUGAAAAAAAAACAACAACUUAUGUUUACGACUAUCACUUACAGUCGUAAACAUAAACAGGACAACAUCAUUAAAAAAACGUCGAAACGAUCCACUCUAUAUUUGUUUCUUCUUAACUGGAUGUUUUAAAACAUAAAGCAGUGAUGAAUAAGCAUUGUAGUGGAUGUUGUUUUGGAUGUAUACACGCGGUAUAACUCGGAUGUUUUAUUCUUCCGGAGAUCCAGACUCAUAAAUCAUGUGGAAAUGUCUUUAUUUGCAACGAUGCCGCAUUCACAGUUCAGCCCAGGUGCUGAAGAAAGCUCCUGUGAGGUUGAAGGGGAAGAGUGGAGCAGAGCAGCGCUGGAUGGUGCGACAGAUGAACGACCCCUUCGUUAAAGCAGCUCACCUUCAGCACUUCAGGUGCAGGAGCGCCUUCAAACUGCUGGAGAUCGAUGACAAAUACCGCCUUCUCAAGCCUGGUCUCAGUGUCAUAGACUGCGGUGCUGCACCCGGAGCCUGGAGCCAAGUAGCAGUGCAAAGGGUCAAUUCAACUGGGGAACGGCCUGAUUUAGCCAGAGGGUGUGUAUUUGGAAUAGAUCUGCUGCACAUUGCCCCUUUGCAAGGUGCCCACUUCCUGUCCAACCGGGAUAUCACCAGCCCCUCUACUCACGCCGAGCUGCAGGAGCUCCUUCCUCAAGCUUACGCUGAUGUCAUCCUCAGUGACAUGGCACCCAAUGCCACUGGGCUCAGGGAGCUGGACCAGGAGAGACUCGUGUGCAUGUGUCUUUCACUGCUUGAGCUGGCCGAGAAGCUGCUGCGGCCUGGAGGCUCGCUGCUGUGUAAGUACUGGGAUGGAGCGCUUGCACCUAAGCUCCGGGAAGGUCUUACCCGUGCUUUUCAAGACGUGAAGACUGUGAAGCCCAAAGCAAGUAGGAAAGAGUCGGCUGAGUUAUAUUUCCUAGCCAGGACAUUCAGGAAAACCUAGUAUCGCUCUUCGUGGAUGUAGAUUAUUGACAGGAUUUUUCAGUGGUUGUUUUUGAAGCAUGGUGUAUCAGGGAUAACUCAUUUUGUUUUUGUAUCGUUGUUGUUUUGUUUUUUUGGGUUUUUUUUUUUUUCAAAUGUAUGAACGUGAUAUGACAAAAAUCAGGAUAUCACGAUAAUUGAAGACAUUUCUACGAUACAUGAUGCACAUCACGAUAUAUAAUUUAGCUAACAAACUGUCUGCAAUUAAAAUAAACAAAAAAAAUGAAUGCGAGUUUGACGAUACUUUUCCUUAAUGCCUACAAAGACAAAGAAGAUUAAGUAAAAAAAAAAAAACAACAAUUUUUAUUACAUCAAAUCAACGGCAUCUUUCAGUACCAUUGAAUUUGUAAUUAUUAAAAGCGACAAAAAUACAUCACCAUACCAACGAUAUCUCAGAAAAGUGUAUCACGUAGUUGUUCAUCAUGAUAUUGAUGAUAUAUCGAUACAUCGUCCAGCCUUAGUUGUUGCAUAACCACAGAAGCCUUCAUUGAUUGGUUCUGAAUAUACAGCAUGCCUGCAUAACUGUUUAUUACAUCUGUUAAUAUUUGUUCGUGGGCUGUGUUUGGCAGAUGUACUACAGAGAAAUAACGAAUAUAAAAAUUAUCAUUAAAAACCA